CGACACUAUCGUCCAGUAUGCUUCUACAAAACCGCGAGCUGGCGAUUGCCGCGGUGUGCCACUGCGGGCGUGCCCUCCGGUUUUUGCAUCACAAACUCCGCGAUGACGACGACAUUUGCCACUUAGCGGUGGCGCAAAACCGCAACGCGAUUAUUCUGAGUAAAAACGUCCCCACCCCAGAGUUGUCAUGCUAAUCUGCAUGCUGAAAAUGUUUCUCAUGCGGAGCUCCAUCAGAAGCCUUUUCUAGUCGUGUUUUAGAAUCUGUCAUGCUCCAAUCAGCAUGAAACGCUAGAUCUCUGAUGCUGCUAAAACUAGCACUAGCUAAACAGGAUCACACUAUGAGGGCAAACUUGUCAUGCGAAACAACCAAAGCUGGCUGAUGUGUCUAGCAGAUUUCCCAUCUUGACUCUGGUGUGGGGACGUUUUUGCUCACGAUAGCGAUGCAGGACACUUCGCAGAGAUUUCAGAACGCC